UUUGAGAAAUGAAUAAGCAAGGAGUGGGUGUAGUUGCUGAACCCGAAAUGGGUAGCCUCAUUUAUUUCCGAAUCUCUCUGCAUCAAAAUUUUCCCAUUCAGUCUCAAUUCUUCAUCCAUUCUCUCCCUCUUCCAGACAAACACACUCUUUUAUUCUCAAAUAUUAUAUAAUAUACCCAAUUACCCUGCUGCUGCUAUGUCUUCUUCUUCUUUUAUAUCGUUGAGGUGGAUUUUGGUGCUUUGAGGAGUUGAAAGCAGUAGCUAGGGUAAUUCUAUACAUUUAUAUAUAUAUAUAUAUAUAGAGAGAGAGAGAGAGAGAGAGAAAGAGAGAGAGGAGAUGGGUUUUGGAUUAGGAUGGUGGAUUUUGGUAAUAUUAUUUUUUGGGUGGAGUUUGUAUUUUAAGGCGAUGAUCAAAAAGAAGAAAUUAGAGAAAGAGGAGAUGAUGAGUAGUGGUGGUGAACAGAUAAAGGCGGCUGCUGCAAUUCCCAGAGGAAGAUCGGGCUGGCCUUUUAUAGGAGAGACGCUCGACUUCAUUGCUUGUGGCUUCACUUCUCGCCCAGCUACAUUCAUGGACAAGCGCAAGUCUCUGUAUGGGAAGGUAUUCAAAACGCACAUACUGGGACGGCCGGUUAUAGUAUCGACGGACGCCGACGUGAAUAGGGUGGUGCUUCAGAACCAGGGUAACAUCUUCGUUCCAUACUAUCCCAAAUCCAUUACUGACUUGCUUGGCGAGUCUUCUAUUCUGCAAAUGAACGGAACUCUUCAGCGGAGAGUCCAUGCCCUCAUCGGCGGCUUCUUGAGGUCUCCCCAGUUGAAAGCCCGCAUGGCCAGAGAAAUUGAAAACUCCGUCAAGCUCACCUUCUCUGGUUGGAAUCACAAGCGCACUAUAUAUCUUCAAGAAGAAACCAAAAAGAUUACGUUUGAAGCACUGGUCAGAAUGUUGAUGAGCAUUGAUCCUGGUGAAGAUUUGAACUUCUUGAGGCGAGAAUAUGGAGAGUUCAUCAAAGGGUUGAUUUGCUUACCAAUUAGGUUUCCCGGAAGCAGACUAUACAAAUCCCUCAAGGCAAAGGAGAGGUUGUUAGAGAUGGUGAGAAGGGUGGUGGAGAAGAGAAAGGCAGCCAUGGAUAAGACCAACGAGAAGGGGACCGCGUGGACAAACGAUGCGGUGGACGUGCUGUUACGCGACGCGAGUGAAUGCGGCGGCGAGGGGAACCAACGGCUGCCGUUGGAUUUCAUCAGCGGGAACAUCGUAGAGAUGAUGAUCCCAGGGGAGGACUCCGUGCCGAUGGCGAUGACGCUAGCAGUCAAGUUCCUAAGUGACAGCCCCGUCGCCCUAAGUCGCCUAGUGGAGGAGAACAUGGAGCUGAAGAGGCAGAAGGGUGCAUGCUGUGAGGAUUAUGCAUGGACGGAUUACAUGAGCUUGAACUUCACUCAAAAUGUGAUCAGUGAAACACUUAGAAUGGCAAAUAUCAUCAAUGCGGUCUGGAGGAAAGCUCUAAAGGAUGUUGAAAUCAAAGGAUUUUUUAUACCAAAGGGAUGGUGUGUGUUGGCAUCUUUCUGUUCGGUUCACAUGGAUGAAGAAAACUAUGAAAACCCCUACGAGUUUAAUCCUUGGAGAUGGGAGAAACCAGGGGGUGCUGCUGUGAACAGCAAUAGCUUUACACCAUUUGGUGGUGGGCAGAGGCUGUGUCCUGGAUUAGAAAUCUCAAGGCUUGAAAUUUCCAUCUUCCUUCACCAUCUCGUCACCUCUUUCAGGUGGGUGGCGGGGAAGGAUGAGAUUGUCAAUUUCCCCACUGUGAAGAUGAAGAGGAAGCUGCCCAUCACCAUCUUCCCCAUGGACCAUUAAUAACCCAUUCUCUGUGACUCUUCAAGAUAUCAGAUAUCUACAUCUAUAUCUAUUACACAUUGAAUUUUGAAUGAUAUUAUUUCGGGUGCAAACUAGUUCAGAUAAUUAAUAGUGUUACGAAACUAAUGUAAAGCUGAAUCGUGAAACAUUAAUGGGGCAGCAAAUUGUGUUGAAUAUAUAACAAAAUCGAGCUUGUUCUUUAGUUAUUUAUUUUUA